UGAAUGUGCAAUAAUAAAAGUUUAAUCCAGAAAUUCUAAACACACUAAGGUGUUUCUGGCAGAGCUUCACAGUGCUGCAUUGCACUUCACAGUGGUCUUGCUUCUAUACACACAUUAUUCACUCUUUGCUCUGUGCAUGCUGUUACACCGUGGAGUACCAAGAAGUGCUGCAUCGAAACUCAGUUCAGAUGCAAGACUACCAUAUGGUAUGGCUGCAAAAGUUUUACUUAUCACAUACAAUUGUCUUCUCUUAUAGAAUAAUAAUGUCAUAAUACAGAGAACAAGACAUUUUUAAUAUUCUCCUACCAUCAUUCCUUAGCAUAGGAGCUUCAAAUGAGUAUGUUUGGUUAUGUUUGGAUUAUAUUGUGUUUGAAUGUUUAAUAUUUAAAAUCAAUGUCUUAAGUCUCUUUAUAAAAAGGUAACAGAAUUUUAACAUAGGAUUAGGAUGAAAUUUCCAAGAUGACCCUAAAUAUAUUUUUUCUGUUUCAUGCUUUGAGAAUUGUAAAUCAAAAUAUUAAUUAACUCUGAACAAUAUUACAGAUGUUCUACAUUCCACAGCUUCAAGUACUCAUUCAAAACCUAAUUUUUUGUAACAAUAAACAAAUCAAUCUCAUUGGUAUGCAAAUUUGCCUUAAUCUUUAGUAAGUGGUAAAGUCAUAUAUAUGCCAAAAAUUAUCUUAACAUUGCAUUAGGAUCUACCAUUAGUCGAUGUCUGAUUUGAACACCUAUUUUAUAUAAAAUCCCAAGAUUACAUAAAAAGCAUCUAUGAAAAGAGGUUGCCCGUGGGAAAAGUUUAAGAAACCCCGCUCUACUUCUCAGUGAAGGUCUCAGGUUGUGAUGAGGGUCCCUGCACAGGCUGGGUGACGUGUUCCCAUUCAAGACGCCACCUACAAAACUUGGGCAGCAGCCCUGACUUUGCAGGGUGCGGACGAAAAGUCCGGAAUGCCUCCUUUCUGGCUGCAUGGAAAAAGCUGGACUGAGCCUCACUGGUUAGCCAUGACUUCUGCUAACAAGGACACCCACAGCAAAGGGGCCUAAAUUAGGGGACCAAGUGAUUUUGUGAAAAACUCAGAGACUUUGGAUUGAAUGGAAGCAGGGGACAUUCCUCUGAUAGCUAAGAAGUAGGGACAUUGGUUGGUCUUUGCUGAAGGAAUUUAGUUGUGGGUCCUGAAGUUCAGGGACACAUUUCUACUGGUCAAAUUCUAAGUGAACUUACUUGGCAAUUUGCCUCCUGAUGUGCGGCAGGGCUAGCUGAGGUCACUAGAGGAUGCUAACUGCUCUAAAGAUUUGUUCACUGCUGUUAUGUCAAGUCUCUGCUUUUGUGGAGGAAUUUGCCUCAUGUGUACGUUGCUUUGCUUUUCAAGCACUCCAGACUGGCUCCAGGUGUAGAAAAUGCCAUGUUCUUCAACAUGCAUGCUUUCAUCCAGCAAAUAUACUGAGGCCCUUCUAAGUGUCAGGAGUUGGCUGCCCUUCUUUCAGAAGACAUGGAGGGUUCUUGAUGGGAUCUGAAGGACCCUUGGACUUCUUAGUGCCACUUCAGACUUGAGGCACCCGCCUCUGCCUGUGCUGUUGGAAACUGCUGCCAAGUCAGCCUGACCCUUCUGAGAUCCUGGAGAAGUUAUGGAGAAUACGUGAACAGCGUCCCCACCUGUGUUAUUCUCCAACCUGUGCUCUGUGGUUGGACAGUUUGUAACCGAGGUGGUCCAGAGUUGUUUGGUUAAUUGAAAGAAAGGAAGGAAGAAGGUGGGAGACAGAGGGAAGGAAGGAGGGGACCCUGGCAUAGAUUGGCUGGACUUCCUAGGUCCUGAAAUGCAGCGGAGCGGAGUCCCCUCAGAAAUUAACUCCAAAGGCCACCCACUGACCCGCUGCACACAGCCAGAACUCGCCCCCAGAGCCUUGUCUAGUGGUGGCCAAGGCCAUCCACCACCACCUUCCGGUCACUGCCUGCUUUCGAUCCUCGCGGAGAGCGCUUCCUCUCUCCUGACAUUCUCCUCCUCUUCGCUCCUCUGGAUCCCUCCUCCUUCUUUAGUCCCUCCUCCUCCCGCCCAGCCUCCCCCAGUCCCGACCCGAGCUAACUAGACGUCUGGGCAGCCCCAGCGCAACGCGCAGCAGCCUCCCUCCUCUUCUUCCCGCACUGUGCGCUCCUCCUGGGCUAGGGCGUCUGGAUCGAGUCCCGGAGGCUACCGCCUCCCAGACAGACGACAGGUCACCUGGACGCGAGCCUGUGUCCGGGUCUCGUCGUUGCCGGCGCAGUCACUGGGCACAACCGUGGGACUCCGUCUGUCUCGGAUUAAUCCCGGAGAGCCAGAGCCAACCUCUCCCGGUCAGAGAUGCGACCCUCAGGGACCGCGAGAACCACACUGCUGGUGUUGCUGACCGCGCUCUGCGCCGCAGGUGGGGCGUUGGAGGAAAAGAAAGCUGUUCAGAGCUAUUCUGCUGCUUCAUAGGACCAUCGGGGCUUAGGAUAAAGAGGAGUUAUUCAUUUUUAAAAGUUGACCUGUUUAGAGAAGAAAGAGAGCCAAAUCUGCCAAGGCACAAGUAACAGGCUCACCCAACUGGGCACUUUUGAAGACCACUUUCUGAGCCUGCAGAGGAUGUACAACAACUGUGAAGUGGUCCUUGGGAACUUGGAAAUUACCUAUGUGCAAAGGAAUUACGACCUUUCCUUCUUAAAGACCAUCCAGGAGGUGGCCGGCUAUGUCCUCAUUGCCCUCAACACCGUGGAGAGAAUCCCUUUGGAGAACCUGCAGAUCAUCAGGGGAAAUGCUCUUUAUGAAAACACCUAUGCCUUAGCCAUCCUGUCCAACUAUGGGACAAACAGAACUGGGCUUAGGGAACUGCCCAUGCGGAACUUACAGGAAAUCCUGAUUGGUGCUGUGCGAUUCAGCAACAACCCCAUCCUCUGCAAUAUGGAUACUAUCCAGUGGAGGGACAUCGUCCAAAACGUCUUUAUGAGCAACAUGUCAAUGGACUUACAGAGCCAUCCGAGCAGUUGCCCCAAAUGUGAUCCAAGCUGUCCCAAUGGAAGCUGCUGGGGAGGAGGAGAGGAGAACUGCCAGAAAUUGACCAAAAUCAUCUGUGCCCAGCAAUGUUCCCAUCGCUGUCGUGGCAGGUCCCCCAGUGACUGCUGCCACAACCAAUGUGCUGCGGGGUGUACAGGGCCCCGAGAGAGUGACUGUCUGGUCUGCCAAAAGUUCCAAGAUGAGGCCACAUGCAAAGACACCUGCCCACCACUCAUGCUGUACAACCCCACCACCUAUCAGAUGGAUGUCAACCCUGAAGGGAAGUACAGCUUUGGUGCCACCUGUGUGAAGAAGUGCCCCCGAAACUACGUGGUGACAGAUCAUGGCUCAUGUGUCCGAGCCUGUGGGCCUGACUACUACGAAGUGGAAGAAGAUGGCAUCCGCAAGUGUAAAAAAUGUGAUGGGCCCUGUCGCAAAGUUUGUAAUGGCAUAGGCAUUGGUGAAUUUAAAGACACACUCUCCAUAAAUGCUACAAACAUCAAACACUUCAAAUACUGCACUGCCAUCAGCGGGGACCUUCACAUCCUGCCAGUGGCCUUUAAGGGGGAUUCUUUCACGCGCACUCCUCCUCUAGACCCACGAGAACUAGAAAUUCUAAAAACCGUAAAGGAAAUAACAGGCUUUUUGCUGAUUCAGGCUUGGCCUGAUAACUGGACUGACCUCCAUGCUUUCGAGAACCUAGAAAUAAUACGUGGCAGAACAAAGCAACAUGGUCAGUUUUCUUUGGCGGUCGUUGGCCUGAACAUCACAUCACUGGGGCUGCGUUCCCUCAAGGAGAUCAGUGAUGGGGAUGUGAUCAUUUCUGGAAACCGAAAUUUGUGCUACGCAAACACAAUAAACUGGAAAAAACUCUUCGGGACACCCAAUCAGAAAACCAAAAUCAUGAACAACAGAGCUGAGAAAGACUGCAAGGCCGUGAACCACGUCUGCAAUCCUUUAUGCUCCUCGGAAGGCUGCUGGGGCCCUGAGCCCAGGGACUGUGUCUCCUGCCAGAAUGUGAGCAGAGGCAGGGAGUGCGUGGAGAAAUGCAACAUCCUGGAGGGGGAACCAAGGGAGUUUGUGGAAAAUUCUGAAUGCAUCCAGUGCCAUCCAGAAUGUCUGCCCCAGGCCAUGAACAUCACCUGUACAGGCAGGGGACCAGACAACUGCAUCCAGUGUGCCCACUACAUUGAUGGCCCACACUGUGUCAAGACCUGCCCAGCUGGCAUCAUGGGAGAGAACAACACUCUGGUCUGGAAGUAUGCAGAUGCCAAUAAUGUCUGCCACCUAUGCCACGCCAACUGUACCUAUGGAUGUGCUGGGCCAGGUCUUCAAGGAUGUGAAGUGUGGCCAUCUGGGCCAAAGAUACCAUCUAUUGCCACUGGGAUUGUGGGUGGCCUCCUCUUCAUAGUGGUGGUGGCCCUUGGGAUUGGCCUAUUCAUGCGAAGACGUCACAUUGUUCGAAAGCGUACACUACGCCGCCUGCUUCAAGAGAGAGAGCUCGUGGAACCUCUCACACCCAGCGGAGAAGCUCCAAACCAAGCCCACUUGAGGAUAUUAAAGGAAACAGAAUUCAAAAAGAUCAAAGUUCUGGGUUCGGGAGCAUUUGGCACAGUGUAUAAGGGUCUCUGGAUCCCAGAAGGUGAGAAAGUAAAAAUCCCGGUGGCCAUCAAGGAGUUAAGAGAAGCCACAUCUCCAAAAGCCAACAAAGAAAUCCUUGACGAAGCCUAUGUGAUGGCUAGUGUGGACAACCCUCAUGUAUGCCGCCUCCUGGGCAUCUGUCUGACCUCCACUGUCCAGCUCAUUACACAGCUCAUGCCCUACGGUUGCCUCCUGGACUACGUCCGAGAACACAAGGACAACAUUGGCUCCCAGUACCUCCUCAACUGGUGUGUGCAGAUUGCAAAGGGCAUGAACUACCUGGAAGAUCGGCGUUUGGUGCACCGUGACUUGGCAGCCAGGAAUGUACUGGUGAAGACACCACAGCAUGUCAAGAUCACAGAUUUUGGGCUGGCCAAACUGCUUGGUGCUGAAGAGAAAGAAUAUCAUGCCGAGGGGGGCAAAGUGCCUAUCAAGUGGAUGGCUUUGGAAUCAAUUUUACACCGAAUUUAUACACACCAAAGUGAUGUCUGGAGCUAUGGUGUCACUGUGUGGGAACUGAUGACCUUUGGGUCCAAGCCUUAUGAUGGAAUCCCAGCAAGUGACAUCUCAUCCAUCCUAGAGAAAGGAGAGCGCCUUCCACAGCCACCUAUCUGCACCAUCGAUGUCUACAUGAUCAUGGUCAAGUGCUGGAUGAUAGAUGCUGAUAGCCGCCCAAAGUUCCGAGAGUUGAUUCUUGAAUUCUCCAAAAUGGCCCGAGACCCACAGCGCUACCUUGUUAUCCAGGGGGAUGAAAGAAUGCAUUUGCCAAGCCCUACAGACUCCAACUUUUACCGAGCCCUGAUGGAUGAAGAGGACAUGGAGGAUGUAGUUGAUGCUGAUGAGUAUCUUAUCCCACAGCAAGGCUUCUUCAACAGCCCGUCCACGUCGAGGACUCCCCUCUUGAGUUCUCUGAGUGCAACUAGCAACAAUUCCACUGUGGCUUGCAUUAAUAGAAAUGGGAGCUGCCGUGUCAAAGAAGACGCCUUCUUGCAGCGGUACAGCUCCGACCCCACAGGUGCUGUAACAGAGGACAACAUAGAUGACGCAUUCCUCCCUGUACCUGAAUAUGUAAACCAAUCUGUUCCCAAGAGGCCAGCAGGCUCUGUGCAGAACCCUGUCUAUCACAAUCAGCCCCUGCAUCCAGCUCCUGGAAGAGACCUGCAUUAUCAAAAUCCCCACAGCAAUGCAGUGGGCAACCCUGAGUAUCUCAACACUGCCCAGCCUACCUGUCUCAGUAGUGGGUUUAACAGCCCUGCACUCUGGAUCCAGAAAGGCAGUCACCAAAUGAGCCUAGACAACCCUGACUACCAGCAGGACUUCUUCCCCAAGGAAACCAAGCCAAAUGGCAUAUUUAAGGGCCCCACAGCUGAAAAUGCAGAGUACCUACGGGUGGCACCUCCAAGCAGUGAGUUUAUUGGAGCAUGACAAGAAGGGGCAUCAUACCAGCUAUAAAAUGUCUGGACUUUCUAGAAUCCCAGGACCAACUAUGGCAGCACCUCCACUUCUGGUAGCCAUGCCCACGCUGUGUCAAAUGUCACUCAGACUGGCUUUAAAGCAUAACUCUGAUGGGCUUUGUCACUGAGCCAAGAAGUGGGCCUCUCUCCUGAUGCACUUUGGGAAGUUGAAGGUACAUCAAUUGAUCUUCGAACUGUGAAGAUUCCACAAAAAAGGUAUCCAUCGAGAACAUUGUCCAUUGGAACAGAAGUUUGCCUCAUGGUGAGGUACAUAUGGGAAAAAAACAGACAUAUGGAGCUUAUAUUUAGGGAACUUUGGGAUUCUUGUCUUUAUUGAUUUGAUUGAUGCACUCUUGUAGUCUGGUACACAGAGUUGCCUGGAGCCAACUGACCAGACAGUUGGUUCCACCAGCUCUGCAUCAAGACACUUCCGUGGCAAGACAACUAAAUGUAUAAGAAGUCCAUGGAUGCCCUGAGCAGGCCACACUUGUACAGCAUUAAACCAUGGCAGAUACAAUAGGAUAAGCCACUUUGUUACUUACUGGGGCUGGGAGAAGAGGAAUGACGGGGUAGAAUUUUCCCUCAGACGUACUUUUUAUAUAAAUAUGUCCCUGGCACCUAACACGCGCUAGUUUACCAGUGUUUUCUAUUAGACUUCCUUCUAUGUUUUCUGUUUCAUUGUUUUGAGUUGUAAAUAUGUGUUCCUGUCUUCAUUUCAUGAAGUAAACAAACAAACAAAAAACCCAGUAUUAAGUAUUAUCAAAGAACAACCAUGAUUCCACAUUCGAACCCAUUCAAACCAUCAGUAUUGUGACCAAAAGCCUUUAACUAAGAAGGAGUAACCAUGCAAAAAUCCAUAGAGGAAUUUAACCCAAAAUUUUAGUCUCAGCAUUGUGUCUGCUGAGGUGUGUAUAUGAGACUACGAAAGUGAACUACUCUUCAAAUCCACUUUGCCUUCACUCCUCUAUACCCUAAAUCUAGUGUAAACCACACAUGGAGGAUAACUUUUUUUUUUAAUUUUAAAAGUGUUUAUUAGAUAUGUUUUUCUUCCUGGUAAACUGCAGCCAAACAUCAGUUAAGAGCCAUUUUUGAUAAACACUAUCACAAUGAUCUCGGGAUCCAUCCUUUCCGAUUUACCAAGUGAUGGAUAGACGUGAACUCAUAAACACUACCCAUAAGACAAAACAAUGAGUGCCAGACAAGACAUCAGCCAGGCACCAGAGCACAGAGCAGGACUGGGCAAUCUGUUGGAGAUAUCUAGAAAGUUCACAAAGGAAACAAGAUUGUCCACUACCUUGUGAGAUCUAGCAGUCAUAAAUACCAGGGAAAUGGAAAGUGUGUUUCCUUACAGCACCAGGUCUUCGAUCUUCCUAAUGCUGUGACCCUUUAAUACAGUUUGCCAUGUUGUGGUGACCCCCAACCAUAAAAUUAUUUUUGUUGCUACUUCAUAACUGUAAAUUUGCUACUCUUACAGACCACAAUGUAAAUAUCUGAUAUGCUAUCUGAUAUGCAGGCUAUCUGACAGAGGUCGCAACCCGCAGGUUGAGAGCCACUGCCUUCAAGGCUUUAAUCAAGAGAGUAGUGAGCUGAGGGCUUUACUGGUAAGUCAGGGGCAAGUCCAACUCAAUCAUCCUCACAUACUGGCUGCUCCCUCAGGCCUGAGAAUGAGGCUUGCAGCAUCCUCUGGUUUCCUAACCGUUAUCCAUCCCUGACUCUCAUCUCUGAAAAUAGAUGUCAUCCAUGAAAUUAAGGAGUGAGAAUAUUAAGCAGCAUUUAUAGAGCUCAAAAUUCCAUGUCAUCACCAGGAAGUGCCAUGUUGAUCACAGAGAACACAGAGGAGACAUAUAGACAGGGUUUUGCUCAAAAUUGGGAUAUAGAAUGAGCCUGUCAGGUACCUAUCAGGAGCGGUAAUCCGUGAGAGAGAACCGUUGCAAGCCACUCUAACUGUAGCAAUGAAACCCUAGUAUUUUUGUACUUUGAAAUACUUUCUUAUAACAAAAUAAAGUAGCAAAAAAACUGUUCAGACUUGCUUUUCUUCUUAUUUAAGUACUCAGCAUAAAGUUGAGUUGUUGUCAGGGUUAAGAUUGUAUUUGCCAGUGUGUCCUCACUGUGUCUUUGCAGGGAGCCGCGGGGCUGUGAGUGCUGCAAAGCAUACCCUUUUGCAGUAGUUCCCAACCUUCCUAAUGCAGUUCCUGAUUCAGUUCCCCAUGUUGUGGUGGCCCCCAACCACCAAAUUAUUUUGUUGAUAUUUUAUAGUUGUAAUUUUCCUACUGUUAGGAAUUGUAAUAUAAAUAUCUGAUUUGUGUUUCAAAGGUACCUUAGCAGCCACUGGGGGUAAAGGAAGGGUACAGAGAGGGGAGGCACCAUGCUGGGACCAGCAUUCCAUUACAUCUCUGGCAGUCUUAGCUCAGCUUAACUCUUCCAUAGUUAACCAGUCUCAUAUACCUCCUGGGCAUCUUUCUACUAACUGCCUUUCAGCCCAAUCUUAGAUAAACUUUUUCUAUGUCUUGACCCCACCCUGGCUCUUGGGCAAUUCAUGGGAAAAUAUAUGGAGCUAACGUUUACUGGGCACAAACAUUACAUAUACAUACAUAUAUAUAUAUAUAUAUAUAUAUAUAUAUAUAUAUAUAUAUAUAUAUAUAUAUAUGAUCUACAAAGAGCUCCUAUCAUUAUACCCUAUAAAAUUACUUUUUUAGCUCAUGUUGAAAAAUAAUAAUAAUCUCUUAAAUGCUAAAUUUGCUGCCAGUCCCUGCUGCCAUGGGCUUUAUAGAUAAAAACCUUGGCAAAGCACAAAAUUUUAUUCCAGCUAAUGAUAACACAAUGUAGGCAUUUGUUGGACACUUUUUUUUUUUUUUUGAUUUAGCAUCCCACCCCAUCCCCAAACUGUAGACAUAAAAGGACUUUGACUACAUAAGCACUGAAGCACUGGGCUUUGGGCUGGGCUACCAUGAGACAUAUCCAGCCAGUACAGUUUCAACCUGAUUAUUCUUAAGCCCAUGAACUUUUCAGAGUACCUCCAGGAUACUACAAUAAACAUCAAAGUUUAUUUGAGAGCCACUGUAAAAGGCUUGAUAAGGGGACUGUUGGCACUCACUAGUGGCUGCCCAUCUGUGGUUUGUUCUUAUUGGUCCUUUGGUUGCACUUGUAUAAGACAAAGCUGGUACGUGAAAAUCAUGUACCCUCACUGCCAAUGAAAAGUACCUGGAUCGCUUAGAAAGGCCUCCGCAGCCCCUUCAGUCUCAAGCAGUCAGGAUCCCAGAGGGGCACCCCAACCUUGAUUCUAGUCCUCAUCUGCAUCACCAUCAUCCAGGAAACAGGCCUGCUACUCGACUCUGUGCACAGCUGGAGUAGAAUAAAACCCCUGCUUAGGGACAGACUACCUGACUCACAGAAAGCAUAAUUUGCAGUCACCACUACUCCUAUGAGUUGUCCACAAGUGUAGCCUUUCCAAAAUCUUCCUUUUUUUUUUUUUCUCAAUAAAACCUUUAUCCUGAAAAUGGUAAAUAUCUAAAUCUGGGCCGGGGACAUCUUGCUAAAGUCCUCAGACACUGUGUGUUAUCUAAGAAACAAGCCAUAAAAACCCACCACUUCCCACCUCCCCACACUGAAUGAGCUGUUCCCACUUAAGACGCAGCAGAUGUUAAACUUUUGCUUAAUCUCUACUUUCUUUUGAUAAGCUUGUGCUUGUAUUAAAACAUAACGAUCUGUUUACAUUUCCUUGCUUGGGGGCUGUAAAACCAUAACUGAGCAGAAAUCCCGCACUCUUUUUCCCAGCCACACCUAUCAUUCCAGAGACAAAAAUCUUGGUACUGUUAAAGCCACAUGUAGACAGAGUUUGUAAAUGUAAAUGUAUUUUUGUACUUGUCUUUAGUAUAUUGUCCUCUUCAUGUAGUACUGAACUUUGUAAAGUAUAUUUUUUUAGGAAACUCGGUAUUUUUUUGUUUUUGUUUUUUAGUUUUUUGUUUUUCUAAAGAAAACUGCUUUGUAAAAACUGCAAUAGAAUGAAAAUUUGAAAUUGAGAUCUUCGCUGAAAAAUGGUUCAACUGAGGUGCGAGGAAAAGUCUCUUUUCUCUUAGGUGAAUGUCUAGCAUUAUUACAGAGCUAAGCUAGACCGUUACAGACAGAAAAGAUGAAAGGCAUAUGAGCUUAGUACUGUUCUGAGAAGAAGCUGUGGACUCUGGGGCAAUGUCAGCUUACAGAAUGCUGCCUGUGCAUAACUACUAGAGGAAUUUAAAUGAGUGUCAUUCUCUGAUUAUCUGCAGUCUGACCUUGUAAAUGAAUGCGGUUCAAUGACACAACACUUUGGUUUACAUAUGCUAAUACAAUAGUAACAUCAAUUGUUUUCUUUUUAUAGUUACAAUGUCGGUCGUUCUCUUACUAGUGUGUCCUAGAAAUGUCUGGAAAGUUACAAUAAUAUUUAUGUUUGUUUGGGUUACUUAAUAUAUUCCUGAAACCUACCGCAUGCAAACAUGGUCACUCUAGAGGAGCCUUCUUCAGUCAUACGUGCACCAUAAAAUCACCUAGGUUGGUUUCACAACUCUUGAAAUACAGCCAUACACAAGAAACAAUCAAAUAUGAGUUACCAUGGGGUAAAAUUUGUGAAUUUUUACUUUUUUUAUUAGCUAUUUACUCAAUUUACAUUUCAAAUGUUGUCCCCUUUCCUGGUUUCCCUUCAGAAACUCCCUAUCCCUCCCCUUCCCCUUGCUCACCAAGUCCUGAGUUCCUUCUCAUGGAUAGAAUCAUACAUGAUUUUUAAACCCUGUUUAGGAUUAAAAAAAUACAAACUCAGGGAUUAGCCCUAGACUCAUAGGUGACUCUGUAGAUGUAGAUGGCAUCUGGGCCUAGAGAACCCUAAGCCUGCUUGUCAGAAUCGUUCUGGGGAGUGGGGUUGUCAGGUUUCCAUGGCAGCUACCUGGGCAUUUAAAGGGUCUAGCCCGUGGUUGAGAAGCUAGAAAAGUGAACACAGACAUCCCCAUCAUCAGUUUUGUAUUACCUAAGCAAGCUCUAUUAAGAAUGAGUGGCGGGGGCCUCUCUUCCCAGUGAUGGCCAGGGAAUGCCAGGGCCAAGAAGCGGGAGUGGGUGGGUAGGGGAGCAGGGCGGGGGGAGAAUAUAGGGAACUUUCAGGAUAGCAUUUGAAAUUUGAAAUGUAUAUAAAGAAAAUAUCUAAUAAAAAAAAGAAUGAGUGGCAGGAAAGUAAACGUUUUUUUGCUGCUUACACAUCCAACUUCACUGGCAAUCCACCAACCUGUGCCAACCCAUGAACCUCCGACUCCCAGAAGGAAAACCUCGACCUAUUAUUUUGACUGCAGCAGACAGAUUGCUAAAUACUUAUGUGGGUUUUGUAAGAAUAAAACUCCAAGAAGAGGAACCUUGCAUUAAGAAAAACACACACAUACACACACAUAUGCACACAUACCUCCACCUGCACACACAGGUACACAGGCUCAUGCAUGCACACACUUGCAUACAUACACGCACACAUGCACUCAUACCUGCACCUGCACACCCAGGUACACAGACUCUCUCUCACACACACACACACUACACACUAUACUGAGAUAAAACACUGAAGCAGUAAUCCAGAGUUUUCCAUACGCAUAGUGAUCUUCCUGUCUUACCUGAAUUACCAGCAAAAUUGUUGUCAUUACCUCACAGCAGCAGAAAAAUAUAGGAAAAGAUUUGAGUUUAUGCAUCUUACAUGAACUUUUUAUUUGGAAAAUAUAAUGCCAAUGCUGUACUCUCUUGAUUUGGAUACAAAGUGUUGUUACUGUAUAAUACGAAGGCAUCGAAAUGAUGACACCCCAGGAUAUAAUGACUGUUUCUAGAUGUGAUGACAUGACUAACCACAGACAGCAGUAAUCUUGUGUUAGUUUCACUCAUGCAAUAGCUUUACAGCUUCUUAUAUGGUACAUUUUAACUUUGUAAAGUCAUGCAGUUAUGAAAGCAAUAUUUGUACAAAUGCAAAGCAAGAUCUCUCUUACAUACUGUUGAUAAGAACAUGUUGAUUGUACAUUAAGUAUUAAAAAUUGGAUUAUGUUCUUCCUUGCUUGCUACUCCUAAGAACUUAAUGAUUUUUGCAUUCUUUGUUAACAGUGCAGUGUGCUUUCUGUUAUUAUUCAUAUCUGACUAUAGAUACUUUCUUGACUUUUUCUUGUUUUCAAAUUUAUUUUGACUUAACUUGCUGAUUUUGUGGUGCUGUGUGGACCAAUGAGCUGUAUUCCCCACCCCAACUGAAAACAUUUUUAAAAAAUUAAUAAACCUUAUUUUCAGAGAA